ACACUUUGUCUUUUCUGGAUUGAAGAACUCCACGCUACAGGGUGAUUGCAGAACUCCACACUGCAGAAUAAAACAAGAAAGGGAAAGUUCAUGCAAUACUAUACCUGACAAUGGCAAGCAGAUACCUUUUGUUUAUCGCAUUGCUGAACUUCAUGAAAGCUGGUUCCACUCAGAAUCUCACAACCUCAGUUCCAGGCUUGCAGAAAAUCUCGGUUAUGCCAAAAGGAUGUGGACAUGAUAUCAAAUCAAUGUACUUUGUACUUUGUGAUUUGAAUGCAACAUGGGGAAUUAUAAUUGAAGCCGUGGCAGCCUUAGGAAUAGUUUUCACCUUUGUGCUAUUAUUGAUAUUUUUGGCAUUGGCUCCAUCAGUUAUUCGGGAUGAACGCAAAGGUUCCUUAGCCAUUAAUGCUAUGUUUUUAGUAGGUGUCUUUGGCCUUUUUGCUUUAGUUUUUUCCUUUCUCAUUGCACCUACUGCUGUGAUAUGUGAGUGCCGCAGAUUUUUAUUUGGAGUUCUAUUUGCUAUGUGCUUUUCAUGUUUGGUGGCACAUUCAGUCAGGCUUAACUACCUGUUGUUUCAAAAUCGUGGACCUGGUGGGUGCUUGAUAUUUUUUUUGGCCCUUGGACUUUUCAUGGUAGAGGCUAUAAUAAAUGUUGCGUGGCUUCCCAUCACAAAUGUACGUCACAAUCUUUUGUCUCCAUCUCAGCCUGACAGCCCCUGUAAUAUUACCAACCAGGACUUUGUGACUGCAUUGGUCUAUGUGAUGUUCCUCAUACUGGCCUCACUAUUUAUUCCUUGCCCAGUGUUCUUUGGACAUUAUCUACAAUGGAAGCGCCAUGGAAAAUACAUUGCUUUAACAGCAUUUUCUUCUCUUGUUAUCUGGAUAACGUGGAUUGUGAUGUACAUCUAUGGAGUUGAACAAUUAGGUUACAUGAAAAAUUGGGAUGAUUUUAUCCUGGCAGUUGCUUUAAUAGUAAAUGGCUGGGUGUUCAUUUUGUUUUACAUUAUCCCAGAGCUAGUAGAAAUGACCAAGACCGGUUACCAUUAUGAAGAGGACAACCUAAACAUAAUGAAACGAUUCUCUGAGUCUCCACCAGCCAUUAUGAUUGAAGACAAGGCAUUCUGUAUGGGUAUUCCAGACGUUAAUGAGGAAAUAAACAAAAAAAAAACACAAGGCCUUUCUAUUUCUCCUUAUAGCAACUACACUGGAAUUUAUCCUACGCUGCCUUUGUACCCAUCAGAAAUGGAAACUGUAAACCACAUCCACCUACCUAGAAUUUCGAUGGAACCAUAGAGAUUACCUCUGUAGACGCGGGACCCCAGCAGUAACAAGUGAUCAGACCGAGAAGAUAUCAACAUCUAAGACUUUGGUUGGAGGGUUAAGCUGUUCUGAGUUCACUUUGUACACUUGCUGCAUCCGGUGGGACCCAAAGUAAAGCAGUGAAAUUUAUUUUAUCAAUCCUGAUACCACAGUUUUAACAAGAUUGCCGAUCACCUCUUUUCUCCAUGAAUAUUUGAUACGAUGAUUACAUUUGAAUUAUUUUCAGUUCUUGCUGUUUUCUCUACUUGCCAGUAUGUCCCCCAAGGUUUUAUCAACCAGCCUGUUAAAAAUUUAGAAGAACAAGUGUUUACUUGGUGAACACAGUGUAACAAAUUUCGUGUUAACUCCAAAUCCAAAAGGGGUGUUUAAAUCAGCCAGUUUUGAGUGCAAGGAAGUUAAUUACUUGACAGUAGAGCAGACUUUCUGAUAGUGUAAAAUAUACAAAUUACAUAUUCAGUAUUUCUCUAUCCUUAUUAAACAUUUGCUAAUUGGACACCACCUAGCCAUAAUUAUAAUGCUUGUUUAUGUUACAUGGUAUUGUAAUUUUGCCUA